AUGGCUGACCCUCUCUCCGUCGCCGGGUUGGCCUUGGCCGUGGUAUCGCUAGGUCUCCAAGUCACUGUGAGUAUCACGGAUUACUUUGAUUCUCUGAAAUCCCGCGACCAAGACAUAGCCUCCAUAAUACAGCAGAACGGCACGCUGAGGAAGACACUCCAAGUUAUCGAAACAUCAAUCUCUCGGUUUCAGAACGACCACAGAACUGCAAGCGAGGCAUUGCGACAAAGCUUGGACUCAUGUAAAGGAGAGCUGAAGGGUUUGGAGAGCAUGGUAGCGACGCUCAUUACUGACGAGCAAGGCACAACUGGUCGGGCGAAUAAGGCUCGGAACAAGGGCAAGAAACUGUUGUAUCCAUUGCAUCGCCUAAAGCUCGAGCAAAUUGCGACAAAAUUACAUCAUAUCAAUGCGACUCUUCAGUUAGGAUUGCAAAAUCUAGGACUGGCUGUAUCACAUCUGGGGUCCGAGAAGUUAGCCACGCUACAGGCAACCUCACAGACUAUUUCUAGUGAUCUCCUAGUCGUUCAGUCUGAGGUUUCCGCUAUAAGCACUCCUAUUAGAAGUAUACAAAGCACUGUAUCUCAAUUUGAGACACGCUUUGACGGCCUUGAGAAUUUACUUCAACAGCUGCUGGUCCAAGGUUCGGCCAUCAACGGAACACUACAAGAGAUCACCCCUUUGAUGGUUACCGGACGGCUUCUCGGAAAGCCGGCAGUAUUGCAAGAGAUGUGUGACGCUGUCAAGACUCCAGCGCGGCACAUGUCAAAGGGGAAAAUCUCAGUACCACAUGAAAGUGCAGCAAAAGUCAGAACAGCUCUUUCGGGUUAUUCUGGAGGGCGCUUCGCAUGCUUAUGUCGUCACCGCCAGCACCUCCAGCGCAAGAAUGCUUCCUGGGGCUCCUUGAGCUUUUCUCACGAGACCACGACUGAACAGCAUGCGCCUGGGUGUCCGGCUACUCAAGCAAUAUCAGAACGGGAUCGAACCCAGAAAUUCGCUUUGACCUACGUUGGACUUAGGGCUCUGCUCAACUCAGCUAUCCAGUUUUCAUUUACAAUUCGGUCUGGGGCAGGAGGAUGGAGCCUCGGCCCCAAUUUCACCUACUAUCCUAUUGUUGACUCAGAGUCUGCACCAGCUUUUAGGAUGCUCUCCCUGCUGACGCGGUCUCGGUAUUACGCGUGGUAUGAAUAUAAAGACCGCGGCUUCCUUGAAGAUGAAGUAUGGCGUGAAGAGCUGGUUCCUUCUGUGGUGUCCUCAAUACUGCGUUUAUUUCGAGCUAAGCAGGCGUCUCCUCGAGCAGUUGACGAUGAAAAUCAAUCUCUAGUGUACCAUGUGGCUGAAUGUAUAAGCUGCUACUAUAGCUACAAAAGCUUAGAUCAGAGAGAUUCCGACCAGUUUAGCCCUCUAAUUGAUCUUCUGGAGUAUUUGGUUAUCAACAAGGCCCCAUCGAAUGAAUUCAAUACAUACGGCCGGACAGAUAUACAGCAAUUGGCUCCCGAUUCAGAACAAAUUCUGGAUUUGAAUGCAUUCAAAGUCACCCAGCUCUUGCAAGAGAGGGGUAUUUGUGUCCCUGAAGCCCUUGCUAUCAUGGGAAACGGACGGUUUCCAGGCCCAUUGCCAGUCUACCAAAAUCUCUCUUCAUCCGACGAUGCCGAUGUAUUUUUCCGAGUUGGUUUCCGAGACACCGGCUCAUGGUAUGAGAGUCCAAUGGUGCAACUGGGGGUUAUCCAUCCUGCCCAAAAUCUACCAUAUCUUCAAUGGUUGGCCAAUCAUGGCGGCCUCUCCCGUCAGCUCCCCUUCUCAUGCAAAGAUAUCUUUGCAAUUAGGUGCAUAUUCUCGGCUAUUGGCUAUGAAAUUAAGUCCUCAAUACUCUGCCUUGAAAUAGAUCGAUCGGACGAAUCUGAUACUAGCAAUACAUCGCUAGCACCACCUAUACCGAACUGGGGCGUAGCUUGGAUUCACGAACUCCAUGCUAUAGUAUUUGCGGCUAACAAUACAGAUGCAUGCCGUUGCCAAUGCUCUCCUGAGGGUUGCACUAUGCUAACGUUCUUAUUGAGACAUUUGAUCCCUGUCUAUGAUUUUGAGUUUGCUCAAAGACACCUUCUACGAGACAGUUCCAUAAACGAAAAAGACGACCUGGAAAUCAUCACUAUUGUUGACACGGGUACCCCCGAAGUCAGCGGUAUACAUGAAAAUCCCCUAUCGAAGCUAAUCGCCAGAUUCACCUCAUAUCUCGAACACUUUUCUUGCUAUCUCGAACCAAGGGAUCACUAUGCUACUCUUCGGUACAUUACCUAUACCACUUUAGGAAUCCAUCAUUCUUGUUGUGUAGACUGGCAUAGUAGGCGGCACAUGUAUGAGGAUCCUUCUGAUAGUGUUGAAGACUGGCUUGAGAAUGAUGGAAGUCACAUGUUGGCCCUGCUUAGAGAUCUUUUGGAUGAGUUUGAGGAAAACAUCACUUCCAUCUUUGAAGAUCCAGACAAAGGAAUUCGCGAUCUUAUUAAUUUCUGGGAAAGGACUUGGGUAAGCCGUAUAAGUGAGGUUCUAUGUCGCCUCGAAGGGAGCGAUUUGCUAGACGAUGAGAGACGUGCAGCUGAGGAGAUUGGGGUAAUAUGGGAUAAAGUAGGACCUGAACUACCUGGAGAGAUGGGGAGCCCCUAUCAAAGCUCACCGAUAGAUUAUUGGUUGUAUGAGCUGAGAAAGAUUGAAGAAGAAUGCCAAUAA